UCCAAGUUGUUCUUCUCAUCCUUUCUCGUCCGUGCUCUUCCUCUUCUCUAGCUUAUGACCAUAGCCCAAAACUCCCAGCUCUUCUGCGAAUACAUUGGAGCACAAUCCCACUUCAUCCUUGCCUUCGCCAUCGACUACACCACCUCCGCGUCCCUCGCCGAUGGACAGUUCAACGUCUUUUGGGAUAGCACUAGCCUCUCCCCCUUCGCCUUCUCUUCCAUCAGACAAAGCAAUGGGAACGUGAAGGUAGCUCUUAUCUUGGGAGGAGACACCGUGACCGACAGCCAGACUUGCUUCAGUCCUUCUUCUAUUGACUCUUGGGUCAACAACGUCGUCUCUUCACUCACCUCCAUCAUCCAAGACUAUAACCUCGACAGUAUCGACAACGACUACGAGCACUUCCAAUUUGACGUCGACGCCUUCGCAGAGUGCAUCGGGCAGUCGCUGACGACCCUGGAGAAUAAUAGGGUGAUCUCGAUCGCUUCCAUAGCUCCUUUCGAUGAUGCACAAGUCCAGAGCCAUCACCAAGCACUUUGGGCGAGGUUCUCCAAUGUCAUAGACCAUGUCAACUUCCAGUUCUACGCAAAUGUUAUGCGAGUGCAAUCCUUUCUUAGUAACAAGAUACUAUUAGUCCAAUAUCAAACCAAAUAG